AUGGCUGCCCAAGUUACUCCCUCGAAGCAGGCUGCUUCCUCCCUCGAGAACCUCAAGAUGUCUGACUCCCCAGUCAAGAAGCUCGACUUCACCUCCGUUGGCAAGGAAAAUGUCCCUACCUCCGUGAAGGUCGACACCGUCGAGAAGCCCGUCGAGAAGACUCUUACCAAGGCCGAAGCUAUCAAGGCCAUGGAGGCCACUGAGCCCCUCCUCCAGGAGAACCCCCAUCGUUUUGUCAUGUUCCCCAUCAAGUACCACGAGAUCUGGCAGAUGUACAAGAAGGCCGAGGCCUCUUUCUGGACCGCAGAGGAGAUCGAUCUUUCCAAGGAUCUCCACGACUGGCACAACCGCCUGAACGAUGAUGAGCGUUACUUCAUCUCACACGUCCUUGCCUUCUUCGCCGCCUCCGACGGUAUCGUUAACGAGAACCUGGUUGAGCGCUUCAGCGGAGAAGUUCAGAUCCCCGAGGCUCGUUGCUUCUACGGCUUCCAGAUCAUGAUGGAGAACAUCCACUCCGAGACCUACUCUCUCCUCAUUGAUACCUACAUCAAGGAGCCCAAGCAGCGCACAUACCUCUUCGAUGCCAUUGACACCAUCCCCUGCAUUGCCAAGAAGGCCGACUGGGCCAUUCGCUGGAUCAACGACAAGGAGUCCACCUUCGGUCAGCGCCUCAUUGCUUUCGCCGCUGUUGAGGGUAUCUUCUUCUCUGGCUCUUUCGCUUCCAUCUUCUGGCUGAAGAAGCGUGGUCUGAUGCCUGGUCUCACCUUCUCCAACGAGCUUAUCUCCCGUGACGAGGGUCUCCACACUGACUUCGCCUGUCUGCUCUUCUCUCACCUCAACAACCGCCCUGAACCCCAGGUUGUCGAGGACAUCAUUGUUGAGGCCGUCGGCAUUGAGCAAGAGUUCCUGACUGAUGCUCUUCCUUGUGGUCUUCUCGGCAUGAACGCCGCCCUCAUGCGCCAGUACAUCGAGUUUGUCGCUGACCGCUUGCUCGUGGCUCUUGGCAACAAGAAGUACUACAACUCCACCAACCCCUUCGACUUCAUGGAGUCUAUCUCCCUGGCCGGCAAGACCAACUUCUUCGAGAAGCGUGUCGGUGACUACCAGAAGGCCGGUGUCAUGGCUUCCACCAAGAAGGAGACCAACGAGAAGGGCGAGGCUGUCGCCAGUGAUGGUCUCAACUUCGAUGAGGACUUCUAA